AUGAGGGUCGCGGAGGUGGUGUCAGUUUUUGCUCUUUUGGCUCGGCCAUUCGCGUCGGCCGCAUCCAGCCUCACAUACUGUGCUUCAAUCAACACGGGGUCUUCCUUUAACGCAGUUUCCAACACCUAUCAAUCAAAUGGAGCAUGUCUAAAAACUUGCGCCGAUUACGCCCUGGGUAUCCUACAAGGAAAGAAGUGCUGGUGCUCGAAUGUUGCUCCCUCUAAAUCGUCGCAAUCCUCUGACACCUCGGACUGCAAUGAUACAUGCCCGGGUUAUCCCGCAGACAGUUGUGGAAGUGCAUCCAAAGGAGUGUUCGCCUAUCUGGAAAUUACAGGCAACGAUGUGACUAGCACAGCCGGUGGUUCAACAACCUCAACUACUUCGUCAUCGUCAAGCUCAACAUCAAGCUCAACCUCAACUUCGUCAACUUCGUCGGAUGAAACAACCAGUACCUCGUCUACUGUCUCUCUCCAAACUAACGCUGGUGGCCAAGUCAAGACAAUCACUGUUGAGGGGUCAAGUGCAACUGCCGGCGCCGAUUCCGGAUCGGCGAACACUACCUCUACCAGCUCGAAAUUGAGCGGAGGUUCCAUCGCAGGCAUUGUGAUUGGUGUUCUUGGAGGACUCGCCCUGAUUGGCGCCCUCAUCUUCUUGAUCGUUUUCUACCGCAAACGGGCUCGUGCCGUCAGCCCUAUCCCAAGCCAGGAAAUGGCCGAUGACAGAACCAGUAGGGGAUCGAGCUUCAUGGGAGGUCUGUUCCCGCGGAACAAUGGAGAAGGCGCUGCUGGAGGAUCUAUCCCCGCACGUUCCGGCACAACAUUCACCGAUCGACGAAUGAAGACCAACACUGUCCUCUACCCCAACGGUGCUCGGGAGAGUAGUGUUUCGCUGCAGGACAACGAAGACUACUCGCGUCCUGUUCUUCGCCUUACCAACCCUGAUUAA